UAUUUAUCCAUCGACGCUUGUCGCGUGCGCAGUGGGCAAACCGAUCCGAUCCGAACUGAACUGAAGUCGAUAGAUUCCGGAAAGGUAUGGGGCUGAAAUUAGCCAUAAUUGUGACGUUAAUUGUGGCAUUGGCCAGGUGUCAGCUUCUGCCGGAGAACGCAUGCUCCGACUACUUCCAGUACGUGAACGAUGGCUUCGAAGGCCUCCAGGGGGAGGUGACCCUGCCGAGCGUGCAGCGGGGCCGCAAUCGCAUCGACGUGCGCCUCACCCAGCGGGGGGAUCAAGAUCCCGCUUCCGUUGGCACCCUGCGACCCUAUCCCGAUGAGGCGUCUGUCCGCUCCACUGGUGGACCUGCGAAAUUUCGAAUCAGCCUCCGCCCCGACCCAUCCAGCGGGCUACUGCCCAAGCUGUCGCGCCUCUCCUACAACGAUCUUCUGCUUUGUUCGGCCAGCGAAUAUGGGCCCCCCAAUAGCUUCUACAAUCGCUUCUACGAGAUUCACGUCAGUGGACAAUCGCAGCGGCCGCAGCGACCGCGUCGCCCGCUUCAGCCGUCGUCCGUGUUCGAUCUGUUCCCCGGGGAUCAGUCGGGACUGGAGGUGAAGACCCACCGCAGGCAACCACCACCACCACCAUUAGCUCCACCGUCGACGCGCGCACCGAAUCGCAACCGCAAUCGAUUCAAUCCCCAGGCCGCCACGACACCGGUGGAGUGUGGCCGCGAGGGCAGACUCUCGCCGUUCAUACACCGCGGCAAGGAGUUCCCGCGCGGGCAGUAUCCCUGGCUGUCGGCUGUCUACCACAAGGAGUCGCUGGCGCUGGCCUUCAAGUGCGGCGGCUCCCUGAUCUCGGCCAGCAUGGUGAUCACGGCCGCCCACUGCGUGUACAAGAUGCAGGAGGAUCGCGUGCUGAUAGGAGUGGGCCGCUACGAUCUGGACGACUACAACGAGGACGGGGCCGAGAUGCAUGAUGUGCGGCGCUUGCUCUGGCAUCCGGAGUUCUCCACACGAGUGGUCUCCGAUGCAGACAUUGCUCUGGUCACCCUGCAGCGGCCCGUAACAUUCAAUGACAUCAUUGGCCCCAUCUGCCUGUGGACGGAGCGGGAGAGUGAAACGGUCAGCACAUCCGGCUUCAUAGCGGGCUGGGGCACGGACGAGUUCGGCAACUCCAAGACGCAAUAUCCGCGGGUUGUCGAGGCGGAAAUAGCCAGCGCCACGGACUGCAUCAGCAGCUGGAAGGCCUCGGCCGUCACCGAGCGCACUCUAUGCGCCGGCAACCGGGACGGAUCCGGACCCUGCCUUGGUGACUCCGGUGGAGGCCUGAUGAUCCGGCGGGACACCCACUGGGUGCUGCGCGGCAUUGUCUCGCUGGGCGAACGUGGCGCCUCCGGACAGUGCCAGCUCAGCAAGCAAUAUGUGCUCUUCUGCGACCUGUCCAAGCAUCUCACUUGGCUCAGCGAGAACCUACGUUAGAUCUGGGCGGAAGCCCAAGAUUGUUUACCCUUGAUUAAAGAACCCUAAGCCACAGCCCAAUCAAAUAUUUCGCAUGCACUCCGGCCCCUUCAUAACUCUGGGCAAACACGUUUAA